AUGCACUUGUUACGAGGUAGCUGUAAGGGUCCAUGUUAUGUUUGUUGUGCAAUAAACUGGCCAGGACAGCAAAGAGCUGUUGAGCGAUUCAUCCGGAAUCUAUCGGAGGAAAGCGUGCCAGAGCUUUGCCGGGACGUUUACCGACGCUUCUUUGAACAGACUCCAAGUGGGCAGAACUACUUCAAGCAAUCCACCACUAGGUUGUACUUCAUCGCGGGCAAGGUCUUGGAGUUGUGCAUGGAGAUCUAUCAACGGCCGCGUGACAUGGUGGAGGACAUUUCUGCGCUGGGCCUUCGGCACGUGGGCUAUGGAAUUCUCACCGAGCACUUCUCGCCAUUCGUUGAGGCCGAGAAGAGUGGGGCAUUCAAUGUGGCGAGGGCCAUGAUUACAGAUUUGCUGACCAUACGACCCGACACGAAGCGCCGGCGGUGCACUCGGGAGUGUUUGGUGUGCAGGGAGGACAAGGGCGUCACUGCCUUUCCCGGCCGCAUCACCGGGAUUUGCCGUCAUGUGCGUGACGUGUGCCGGCGCUGUAUGAGACGGACGAUCCAAAUGGAAAUCCAGACGAAGGGACGGGCAGCAGAGGCCAAGUGCCCGACUUGUUCUGCUCCACUCUCGCUCGCAGAUGUGGCACGUGAAAGCUCGAAAAAAGACGCGGAGCACUUGGACAAGUUGCUUUUACAGAAGGUUUUGUCACAGGAGCCGAGCUUUUGCUGGUGUGCGCACGGUUGUGAGGUGGGUCAGAUGCUGGAGGACAUUGGGCCCAACAUUUUCAUGACCUGCCAACAGUGCAGUCGCCGCACCUGCACACAUCAUCGGUCAAAGUGGCAUGAUGAACUCACCUGUGCUGAGUAUGACAGUCAGCAGGCUGCCAAAGAGCAACUCUUUUGUUUUACUGUGGACAACGGCACCUUGAAGUCCCAUUCAAACGGCCUGUGCUAUCGUUGGUCGCCCAAUUUGAAUGACAAGGCCAAACGUUUUGCGCAAUGGGAUUCCUGCGUCCGCGGACACCUGCACUCGGUUGGAUGGGUUGCCGUCGGCAAUCUAUUUUUGCCCACGAGAAUUCGAAGCAUUCGAGUUCUCCAGCCUCGGCCAGAUUCAUACCAACUUGACAAUACUGCUUUGCGGUCACCUAAACGCGGUGUGUUCUAUCGAUCUUCUUGCGCUUGGGAGGACAUCACCGAUGAGAUUGCUGAAUGGGGAGACUUCGUUCAAGGCACUCCGAUCGAUGAGAAGUGGAUCAAGGACCCCUUUGUGGUCCGGUUUGAUGUUGCAAUGAUGCUUGUUGAUUCCAUCAGAGAGAUCAUGAGCAGAGAGUGUUUGUUCAAGCGAGUCCCAGGUCGCGUGGUUUUGUACUUCGUGGAUUUGCUACCGCAACUUCUGGAACAUGUUCGGCUCACAGUGCGGGAUUGUAAACAACGCUCCCUCUUCUACGUGGGUGGAUUUGUACCGGCGCCCGCAUACUUGAACAAUCUGCCGCGCGUUGGCCAAUUGGCACUGAUCUUUUGCAUGCUGUCUCUUGGGCUGAAGAUCGAAGUCAGCGGCGCCGAAUUCAACUUUGGGUAUUCACACACUGACUGCAUCAUCGAUCGAACUCAGGCCUACUCUGUUGUCUCGGAACUCACGGUGUUGUCACCAGUGUCAGUACCUUCUCCUCCAUGUUGUGCACAGUGGUACGGGUGGGGUUGCACAGUGGUGCGACUUCCCUUGGGUAAGGAAGCUCUUCGGGAAAUUCCUCAGAUCUACACUGUUUUGGUCAUCUUUAUCAUGUUGACCUUGGUCUUUUUGGGAAGCUUGCUGAUUGCUCAGAUUGCAGGAGCUUACCACAACUUCCUUGUAGACAUGCAGAACUAUGCGGUCCUUUUCCGCAGCGGGAUCACUAUCGACACGGUGCGGUCUGUCCGUCCGAAGAAGUGGGCCGCUUUUUUAUCCAGCUUGGGCUUUGAGGAGCGCAUCGAGUUCAAUGAAGGGGACGUGGGCUUGGCCGGUGGAAUCCAAAUUCUGGAGCCCGCAAACUUAAACCCUACCCUGGUGGAGUGGGGCCCUCAGAGAGCUUGGGGCAUUCAGGGGUGCUCCUGGUGCGAGCGGAAGUCGCUGGAUGUCGCUGGAUGUAGCCAUGUAGCCGAUGCAUGCCGAUGUAGCUGUCCAUCACAUGAAUCAUUUGUGCUUCCGUUUUGGCAGGACGGUGCGUCGCUAUGGAGGCUCCACAUCGGUGGACACUCCAUGGCCGGAUGA